GCCACCCCCGUUCGAUGUCGAUGCGGUGUAUGGGCCAGCGAUGCAUCUCGUGGACCUCCUGUGGACGCGCUUCUUCUCUCCGAUUCUCUUCUGGCUUUUAGAUCUCAUCUUCUGGGCCAGUCCCAUCCGGUCCUUGUUGGCUCUGAUUCUCUG